UACCGUACCACGGUUUCCUGUUUUCAAAUGUAUUAAUUGAUCCGCAAAGGACAUCUUUUGGAGACAAGAAUAUUCAGACAGACUGGCACAGCCUGGACCUCCGCCAAGACUGCUCGGAAGGUUGCCAUACUGGGAGCAAAAGAGUGAGAGAGAGAAAGAGGGAGAGAGAGAGGCAGAGGGAGAGCUGAGGAAAGAAAAAAAGGCAAGACUUGGCACAGCUCAGUCAAAUCAGCUUCUUUUGUCUGCUUUCUCGGCUUGAGCUUCAGGAAAGAAAACCGUCCUGGGGUACAGAAAAACUCAGAACUUUUUGGUUUUCAAACUUAGAAGGCUUUUUAAGUCUCUUGGGCUAUUUGAAAGUGUUGGUACAUACAAUGACGUUUAGUCACCAGUAUUAAGGGAAAUAAAAGCCUUUUUCAAAACGAAGCUUCCAUAGUGUCCAUGCAUUUGGGAAAUACUAUAGUUGAUUUUUUGCAUGUAUGAUUAUACCAUGAGAGACAGGAUUAAUAUAGAAGAUGGCAAGGCAAAUUUCUAAUUAGAGGGAAUAUUAAUUUUCUACAAAAUAAAGUUUGUUCAUCAAUACAAACCUGCUUUCAAAUCAAAUCAGAAAGACAUCCUUCGGAAUGUGUUCAGAACCCAAACAUCAUGUCAAUGGCAACAGAACAGUCGAACCUUUCCCAGAGGGAACACAGAUGGCUGUAUUUGGAAUGGGAUGUUUCUGGGGAGCUGAAAGGAAAUUCUGGGUCUUGAAAGGAGUGUAUUCAACUCAAGUUGGUUUUGCAGGAGGCUAUACUUCAAAUCCUACUUAUAAAGAAGUCUGCUCAGAAAAAACUGGCCAUGCAGAAGUCGUCCGAGUGGUGUACCAGCCAGAACACAUCAGUUUUGAGGAACUGCUCAAGGUCUUCUGGGAGAAUCACGACCCGACCCAAGGUAUGCGCCAGGGGAAUGACCAUGGCACUCAGUACCGCUCGGCCAUCUACCCGACCUCUGCCAAGCAAAUGGAGGCAGCCCUGAGCUCCAAAGAGAACUACCAAAAGGUUCUUUCAGAGCACGGCUUCGGCCCCAUCACUACCGACAUCCGGGAGGGACAGACUUUCUUCUACGCGGAAGACUACCACCAGCAGUACCUGAGCAAGAACCCCAAUGGCUACUGCGGCCUUGGGGGCACCGGCGUGUCCUGCCCAGUUUUUAUGUGGACUGAAAUUUUCAACUUCUUUGGAUAAAUGCCAAGAAGUGUGAUUGCUGCAUUGCACAGUAAGAGGUAUGUUUAGUUUUGUAAGAAGUUGCCAAACUGUCUUCCAAAGUGGCUGUGCCAUUUUGCAUUCUCACUAGCAAUGAAUGAGAAUUCCAGUGGCUCCACAUCUUCACCAGCAUUUGGUGUUGUCAGUGUUCUGGAUUUCGGUCAUGUUAAUAGGUGUGUAGUGAUGUCUCGUUGUUUUAGUUCACAUUUCCCUGAUGACCCAUGAUGUGGAGCAUGUUUUCAUGUGCUUCUUUGUGUCUAUAUAUCUUCAUUGGUGAGGUGUCUAUCACAGUAUUUGGCCCAGUGGUAAAUUUUUCGUAGCUGACCAGUAUGAUGAGGGGUGCUAGGGAUGAAGGUUGGUGAAGCUCACAAAGUGAGUUUCUGUCUUUUUGAGUAUCCACAUUUGAACUAGGCAACCUGGCUGCAUGAAACUCGUAGCUUUUUUUUUUUCCCCACUUUUUCAGCCAUCUUUCAGGGUCACAUCCUGAGGUAAUGUUGGGGCCCCUGGUUUUUACUGUUGAUGAUUAUUUUAAAACUGCAAUGACCUCACUGUUGGAUUUAAUUUGUUUAAACACAAGGGCUGGGGGUGGUGGCUCACACCUGUAAUCCCAGCACUUUGGGAGGCUGAGGCAAGGAGAUCACUUGAGGCCAGGAUUUCAAGACUAGCCUGGCCAACAUGGCGAAACCCUGCCUCUACUAAAAAUACAAAAAUUAGUGUGGUGGCACACGCCUGUAAUCCCAGCUACUCAGGAGGCUGAAGCACAAAAAUCGCUUGAACCCAGGAGGUGGAGCUUGCAGUGAGCUGAGAUUGCACCACUGCACUCCAGCCUGGGUGACAGAGUGAGACCCUGUCUCAAAAAAAAAAUGUAAUUUACACAAAAAACUGCACACAAAGUAUAUAAUUUGAUAAAUUUUUGUCAUACAUAUAUAGCCAUGAAAUCAUAGCCACAAUCAAGAUAGCAAAUAUAUCCACCACCCCAAAAAUAUCCUCACACCUCUUAUUCCUGGGCCUGCUUCCCCUACUCCAUAUUCAGGACCCAGUCCUAAGGCAAUCCGCUUUCUGCCAUUAAAGAUUAGUUUAUAUUUCUGACAUUGGACUCAGCAUUUACUCUUCCGUCAUCUGGCUUCCUACUCAACGUAAGUAUUUUGAGAUUCAUCCAUGUUGCUGCAUGUCUCAUUGGUUCAUUCCUCUUCAUUGCUAAGUAGUUUUCCAUCGUGUGGAUGUACCACAGUGGGUUUAUCCAUUUAUCUGCUGAUGGACAUUUGGGUUCUUUUCAGUUUGUGAUUAUAACACAUAAACGUGCUAUGGAGUUCAUGUGUUAAUCUUUGUAUGAACACAUGAUUUCAUUUCUCCUGGGUAUAUACCCAGCUGUCAAAUGCCUAGAUCAUAUGAUAGGUGCAUGUUUAACUAUUUAAGAAACUGCCAGACUGUUUUCCAAAGUGAUUGUAACAUUUUACGUUACCGCCAGCAGCUACGAGAGUUCCAGGUGUGCUGCGUCAUCCUGGAUGCUUGCCAUGGUCAAUCGUUUUGAGUUUAGAUAUUCCAACAGGUGUGCAGUGGGAUCUCACUAUGGUUUCAAUUUGCAUUUCCCUAAGAAAUGAUCCUGAGCCUCUCUUAUGUGCUGCUUUGCCAUCUGGAUAUCUUAUUUGGUGACACAUCUAGUAAAAUCUUUUGCUCAUUUUGGGGAGUUGUUACCUUAGUAUUGAGUUUUGACAGUCCUUUUUAUAUUCUAGAUACAAGUCCUUUAUUAGAUAUCCAUUUUGCAAAGCCUGUAACUUGUCUUUUUAUUUUUUUAACAGUAUCUUUCAAAAACAGAAGUUCUCAAUGUUGAUGAAGCUCAGUUUAUCAAGUUUUUCCUUUAUGUAUUGUGUUUUUGGUAUUGUGUCUAAGACAUCUUUGCCUGAGAUGAGAAGUUGUAUGGUUUAAGGUUUUACACUUAGGCCUGUGGUCCAUUUUGAGUUUGUUUUUGUACACAGCGUAAAGUAUGAAUUAAAGUUUGGUUUAUUUUUUGCAUAUAGAUAUUCAAUUAUUCCAGCAUCGUUUGUUGACAGGCUAUUGGUAUGGUCUAAAAGUUUGUAUCCUCUGCAAAUUCGUAUGUUGAGGUCCUAAUCCCCGAGGUGAUUGUAUUAGGAGGUGGGGCGUUUGGGGAUCUUAUUAAGUCAUGAGGGCAGAGCCUUCAUGAAUGCCAUUAGUGCCCUUAUAAAAGAGCCUCAGAGACCUGCCUUGUCCGUUCCACACUGGGAGGAUGCAGUGAGAAGACUGUCUGUGAGUCUAUGAGGAAGCAGAGCCCUGGCCAGAUACUGAAUCUGCCGCUACCUUGAUCCUGGACUUCUCAGCCUCCAGAACUGUGAGAAAUACAUUUAUGUUGUUUAGAAGCGUACAGAUUAUGGUAUUUCAUCAUAGCAGCCUGAGUGGACUGAGACAACCAUCCUUUCUCAACUGAAUCGAUGUUGCACAUUUGUUGAAAAUCAGUCGUCCAUAUAUGUGUAGAUCUAUUUGUGGACUGUCUAUUCUGUUUCAUUGAUCUAGUCUACCUUUGUGCCAAUGCUAUACAGUUUUGAUUACUAAAGAUUAUAAGUUUUAGAAUCAGCUAGUGUAAACAGUGAAAAUCACUGAGAGUUCAGAAGUUAAAGUUGUACUGUGGUUUCAAAUAAGGUACAUAAUGGUCCUUUGUCAUCAUUCAGCAUGAAUAUCCCCUACGUAUCUCUGAAGGUUGAUUUUGUUCUUUAUUUUAAGAAUACAAUAAUGUUGUGAACAGCUUGAACCUGACAAGUUCACUUGAAAGCAUUGCACAGGAAGUGGAUUUCUCAGCAGCCAUUGGUGGGGCCUUGUGACCCCCUGAUAGUGAGCAGCUCUGGGAACAGAACUGACAUGAGUGUCUGGGAGGGGACAUGGGAAGGAUCUGCAGACAAAUUGAAGAUCCAAUUCCUAUAAAUUUUCUAUACAAUUGUAUAUUUUAAUAUAUAAUUGAAAUAUAAUUGAUUUUAAGUCUGUCUCUGGAAAUAUAAGCUUUAAUAAUUUACAUCUUUGCUUAAUCACUUAUGAAAUCAUUUUAUAACCCUUAAUAAAAUUAGAGAGUGUAACUUCUCAAACUUUGUUCUCUUAUAAAGUUGCUUUUGGUUAUCCAAGGUCUUUUGCAUUUCCAUAUGAAUUUUAGAAUCAGUUUGUCAAUUUUCUACAAAAAGAAUUCUGCUGGGAUUUCAAGGGAUUGCAUUGAAUCAGAAUCAAUUUGAAAAGAAUUUACAGUUUAACAGUCUUAGGUCUUCUAAGUCAUGGGCACAAUAUGGCUCUCCAUUUAAUUAAUUAAAUUUAAUUAAUUUAUUUGAUUUCUCUUAAUAAUGCUUUAUACUUUUCAGCAUCCAGGUCUUCCACAUCUUUUGUUAGAUAUAUCCCUCAGUAUUUCCCAUUUGUAUGGCAUUGUUAUAGUAUUGUUUUUAAAAUUUCAGUUUCCAAUUGUUCAUUGCUAGUUUAGGCAAAUCUGAUGGAUUUUUGUGCAUUGACUCUGUAUACUGCCGCAAUGCUGAACUCACCUAUCAAUUCUGGUUUCUUUUUUUGGUAGAUUCCAUGGGAUUUUCUAUGUAGAUAUGACGUCUGCAAAUAGAGACAGUUUUACUUCUUGUUUCCAAUCUGUGUACCUUUUUCCCCUUCCCCCUUACCCUGUCGCACUUUAUCUCCAGUACAAUUUUAAUAUAAGUGGUAAGGGGAAAUACUCAUCUGUUCUGAUGUUAGGCUUGUAUUAGUCUGUUUUCACACUGCUGAUAAAGACAUACCCGAGACUGGGUAAUUUAUAAAGAAAAAGAGGUUUAAUGGACUCAAGUUCCAUGUGGCUGGGGAGACCUCACAAUCUUGGCAGAGGGCAAAAGGCACAUCUUACAUGGCAGCAGGCAAGAGAGAAUGAGAGCCAAGUGAAAGGGGAAAUUCCUUAUAAAAUCAUCAGAUCUCGUGGGACUUAUUCACUACCAUGAGAAUAGUGUGGGAGAAACCACCCCCAUGAUUCAGUUAUCUCCCACUGGGUCCAUCCCACGACAUGUGGGAAUUACGGGAGCUACAAUUCAAGAUGAAAUUUGGGUGGGGACACAGCCAAACUAUGCCAGUCUUUUACCAUUAAAUAUGAUGUUAACGGUAGAUUUUUCAGAGAAGCUGUUUGUCAGUUUUCCUUCUCUUUGUAGUCUGCAGAAAGUUUGUUUUAAUCAGGAAUGGAUUCAGAUUUUAUCAACUGUUUUUUUGCAUCCAGAAAAUGAUCAUACAGACAUUCCUUAUUAGUCUGUAAAUAUUGUGAAUUAUUUCGACUGAUUUUUGAGUCGUAAUUCAACCUUGUAUUCCUGGAAUAAACCUACUUGGUCAUGAUUUGUAUCCCUUUUAUACAAUGUUGGAUUUGACUUGUUAAAAUUUUCUUAACUAUUUUUGCAUCUUUUUUCAUGAAGAAUAUUUGUCUGAGUUUUCUUGUAAUGUCUUUACCUGGUUUUGGUAAUGCUGGCUUAAUAGAAUCAGCCGGGAGGUAUCUUUCAGUUUUAUGGAAAAGUUUGAAUUGUUAUUAUUCUGUUAUUAUUUCUUCCUUAAAUGUUUGGUAGUACUUGCCAGUGAAGCCCUCUGGGUCUUUAGUUUUUUAUGCAGGAAGAUUUUUAAUUGCAAAUU